CCCCUGACUUGAUGGAACACACCCAGUGACUCCUCCAUAAUGAAAGCCUCAUUCAAAGGCCUGUGAAUCAGAGGAUUCUGUAAAGAAGUUACCUUAAUCUAGAUGCCCGUGACUUGAUGGAACACACCCAGUGACUCCGGGAAGAGGAUCUGGACGUCUCCAGAGCAGCGCGGUCCCAGGAGACACGCACAGAGGGCCACGGCCAGGGCCGGAACGGUCUGUUCAGUGCAGCCAUGGGGGACGUUCUGGAACAGUUCUUCAUCCUCACAGGGCUGCUGGUGUGCCUGGCCUGCCUGGUGAAGUGCAUGAGAUUCUCCAGAUGUAUUUUACUGAAUUACUGGAAAGUUUUGCCAAAGCCUUUCUUGCGGUCAAUGGGACAGUGGGCAGUGAUCACUGGAGCAGGCGAUGGAAUUGGGAAGGCGUACUCAUUCGAGAGCGGACUACGGGGAGGAGUGUGAAGAUUAUACAAGCAGAUUUUACCAAAGAUGACAUCUACGAGCAUAUUAAAGAAAAACUUACAGGCUUAGAAAUUGGAAUUUUAGUCAACAAUGUCGGAAUGCUUCCAAACCUUCUCCCAAGCCAUUUCCUGAACGCGCCAGAUGAAAUCCAGAGCGUCAUCCAUUGUAACAUCACCUCCGUAGUCAAGAUGACACAGCUAAUUCUGAAACAUAUGGAAUCAAGGCGGAAAGGUCUCAUCCUGAACAUUUCUUCCGGGGUAGCCCUGUUUCCUUGGCCUCUCUACUCCAUGUAUUCAGCUUCCAAGGCAUUUGUGUGCACAUUUUCCAAGGCCCUGCAAGAGGAAUAUAGAGCAAAAGAAGUCAUCAUCCAGGUGCUGACCCCAUAUGCCGUCUCGACUGCAAUGACAAAGUAUCUAAAUACCAAUGUGAUAACCAAGACUGCUGAUGAGUUUGUCCAAGAGUCACUGAAUUAUGUCACAAUCGGAGGUGAAACCUGUGGCUGCCUUGCCCAUGAAAUCUUGGCGGGCUUUCUGAGCCUGAUCCCGGCCUGGGCCUUCCACAGCGGCGCCUUCCAAAGGCUGCUCCUGACACACUAUGUCGCGUACCUGAAGCUCAACACCAAGGUCAGGUAGCUGGGCGGCGAGGAGUCCAGCACAGCCUUCUCCUCACCAGUCCCAUGCUGGCUGAAGAGGACCAGAGGAGCAGACAGCACUUCAAUUUAGUCUGCUGAAGAUGAAGGGGCUGGGGUCACACAGGCUUAGAAUACACAUUUUUUGCCACUUUA